AUGGAGUUUUCAACUCUUCUUGCCACGGCAGUGUGUUGCCUCGUGGCCCUCGGGCAGGCCGCCGGCGUGUCCGAGCAGCUCAGUGAUCCGCGCCUCCUGCUGCCGCUCAGUGAGGCAGCCCUUCCCAUUCGUUACAACCUCACCGCUAGCAAUGGUUGCUACGCUUGGUCCUCCAUGCGCCCUGACCUCAUCCAAGUCACUGGCGAAGAAGGCGAAUGUGCUCGCCAAGCUGAAGUCCUGGUCGUGGCCUCCCACCUGCAACGUAACGGCGUAUCGGUUCCUGUGGUUGCUGCCAACCAAAAGAGCGGUCAAGUCCUGCGCUGCGAGGUUGAAUUGGCACCCGUGCACCGAACCGAGCUCAUCACCGUUGACCGCACCAUCUAUCUUGAAGAGCCCCCAGAGUCACUGUCGCUUCGCGGCUAUGACAGCGAGGGCAACAUGUUUUCCUCGCUAUCUGGCCUGGCCUUUGAGUGGCGCAUCAUGGACGAGAAUUGCACCCAGGAAUCCAGUGCUGUUCUGACCACCAUCGCCUACUCCCAAUCCCCUUACGAUGCGCCGGCGCAUAUCUCCCAGCUUCAAGGCGAGAAUCAGCAGGGUGAUCGCAUCCUUGUUGUUCCCCUUGCGGCUGGCCGUGCCUGCGUGCAAGCUGUUUUGAAGCACACGACAGUAGCCUCGCCGCCAGUCGUGCUGACCGUCGUCGAGCGCACCUGGCUCGAGCCCAUCAUGGCCCACCUUGCCGUACAGCAAAAGCUGCAUCUGCAAGCCUAUCGUGGCUAUGAUAAGCAGGCUCUGGUUCUCAGUCGCACGGGCCCCUACCAACUGGCCAUCGACAACACUACCGUGCUCAAGCUCCAGGGCCAGCAAACAGUACUUGGCGAGACAGAAGGCAGAGCUGUGGUCACGCUUCGCGAUAAGGCCGGCUUGAUGCUUGAGCGGGCUCUGCCUACAACGUUUGUGUCAGUUCAUACCCCAACCACGCUGACCAUUCAAGUGGGCACCUGCUCCGUGCUGGCCAUGAGCCCGUGUGUGCUCCUCCGAGGCCACAAGUAUCCCGUGCAACUGCGCCUCUUGAGUGGACAACAAGAGAUUCUUCUUGAUGGCCUGACCUUCCAGCUGAACAUUGGUGACGGCAAGAUCAAGCUCGGCAGUUCCAGCAAAAAUACUUCCUGGUAUGAGGUGACUGCCGCGACAGCUGGUAUCACGACCCUUAAAGCCUCUUAUCACGGCCCCGAGGGAGCUCAGAGCAGCCAAGCUCUAUUGACGGCCAGUCGCAAUGUGCAAAUUCUUCACCCCAUUGACAUUCAACCAAAGCAAAUGAUUGUACCCUUCUCCGCAAACGCCCGGCCCCUCACCGUCCGAUUCAAGGCCUCUGGUGGCAGUGGCGAGUACACAUGGAGCACCAAUGCCACCGCGGGCAAAGCUCCCAAACUCCAGGAUGGCUCCUUCACCAUCACCGACACUGCCGGCCACGCUUUCCGCCAAUGUCGACACAUGCCCAGUCACUGGUCCCUCGACCAGUCACACUUUACAGUCCUGAAGCAGGGAGCUGAUGCCAACAGCGAUGACCGUUGCCCGGCCGCAGCGUGCAGCUGUGUGGUACUACGUGCUACCUCGGCGGGCUCCGUGCUCGCGACGUUUGCCAGUGACAGUCUCACGGCAACUGCACAUAUUGCUGCUUACGCCGCGUUGGCUGUGGAGCCUUCGUUGGUGGAGUUGACCCCUGGCACCACGUUCAACUUUCACUACCUGGGAGGCCCUAGUCCUGCAGACGCUGCUGCGCGUGAAACCGCCGUGCAACGGGAUAUCUUAGGCACUGGUGCUGUCGGACUUGAAUGGCAGUUUGCCCAUGGUCCAGAGUUUACACUCCAGGCCGGGACUCAGCUGGGCUGCCACAAACUUAACCUCACCCUGCAUAGCCUAGACAACGGCCAGGGGCCUCGGGAUGUAGCCCCCUUUACUGUCUGCGUAACCACUCCGCGCAAUGUGUCUUUCGAGCUUGGAGCUGUACGCAGCCCUUCUUGCCCUGAACAACCCUGGUUUUUCUUCGAGGGCACUCGUCACCAUAUCCGCCUUGUGCCUGUGGCCCACUACCGCCCAGCGUACGACAACAGCAGCUCGCUCGAGUACUCAUGGCACAAAGCCAGUCAGCACCUGGUGUCACGCGCAGCACAGCCGGGGGAAUACGACCUGGAUUUUGCACGCGCUGAUGAUCGCCAACUGCAUCUUUCCCUGCUGGUGGAUGCCCCCCGUCACCCCCGCUGCUUCACGCGCACUGUGAGCAUGCAGGUCGUCAAGCCUAUCGCUCUGCAGCCCAGCUCCGUCCCCAUGCUGCUGCAGGACAAUGUCCUGGAGCAGGUGACCAUCACCGGGGGCUCGGGUUACUUCAAGGCAGAAUCACAACCCGCUACUCUGGCCAACAUUGCAACCAAGGGGGCUACUUUGGGUGUGCGCCCCCUACAAGAAGGCACCGGUUUGCUGGAUGUUGACGACAUCUGUACUCUGCCAGCAGCCUCUGUCACCGCGCAAAUGACGGCCUAUGGCAUCAAGGCGAUUGAAAUUUAUGGCCCGGAGGUGCUGCAAGUUGGCGGCACGGCGCCAUAUCAUGCCUGCGUGCGCACAACCACAAACACGUACCUGAGUGCCAAGGAGCUCCAGCUCGUUGACUUGCAGGUGGAAGCGCGCCAUCUUGUGCGUGUGCAACGCCUGGAGAACCUCCCGAUUGAGCGCGUGGCGCUCUCGCCCACCUCGUCUUGUUUUGGCCUGCGCUUCAAUGUGACGGGUAUCGCAUUUGGCGAUGCCAGCUUCCGCUUGCUCCGGCCCAAAGAAGGCGCUCAGGCCGCCGUAGCGGCUCGCUUUGCCAUCCAGGUGUUUGCCCCGCUAUCGGUGGACCCGGCGCACUUGCGGAUGAUUCCGAGCUCUUGUGCCGUGGCUCAUAUCGAGGGCGGGCCCAAAGGACCACAAUUCCAGACUCGUGUCACAGCAGACCGCCAGGGACAUGUCACGCACCGCUUGGAGGGUGAUCGAAUUGUGGUCUGCGCGCGUGAAUUGGGUUCAGUCCGCUUGCAGAUUGCUGCCCACGACACGAGCAAGGCUCCCCUCACAAGCACGGUCCUUGACGUGUCCGUGGUGGCCAUUGAUGGCAUCCGCUUGCGUAUCCUUACGCCCGAGGUGCUCCUGGACACGACACAGCAGAUUGAAGCUGAGUUGCUGUUGGGCGAUGCCGUAGUGCAUGGUGCCUCGGUACUCAAUUUCUCCUGGUCUUCAACUGCCAAUGGUGUGCAGUUGCGCAAUAUCCUUGGUCAAUCUCAGGCCGCCCAACAGGAAUACACGCGCGUGCUCUACGCGGCGCGCGUCUCACAGUCUUCUGUCUCGGCCACCCUUGCAUGCAAGAAGCCAUAUUGUACCGCCACAGCGCCGCGCUUGGUGGCAUCACAGCCGGUGACAGUGGUGCCACGCCUGAGCUUUACUGAAACGGAGCUGGUGCUGAGCUACGGUGCCGCUUACGACCUUGCGUUGCCCGCGGCAUUGCGUGGCCACAACAUGAGCUUCACCAUUGCCCCCAAAACCCCGGCCAUGCCCACUGUGGACGCUCAUGGUCGCCUGGUGGCCACCUCGGCCCGCUGGACGGGCAGUCUUGGUGUGGAAACCAUCACGGGCGGCAUUCACCAGAGCGCCUAUUUGCCGCUGCGUGUGGUGGCCCUGCACCACGUGAGCAUGUUGCCGUCCCCCAAUUGCAGUGCGCUGGCGGUCGGACAGAGUUGCCAAGUUGCCCUUGUGCUUCAUGACAGCAGCGGCCGUCGCUUUACCACCACAAACGGCAUCCACAUUCAGACGCGCGUCAAUGGGGAUGCACAAGUAGCCGCCGAGGUUGAGGGCAAUUUCCUGGCUCUGCGGGCUUUCACGAGUGGCCAUGCGACGAUUGAAGUGGUCGCCCGCUCUCAUGGCACCGUGUCGCACCAUGCCACUCUGACGGUGGUUGUGCGGGACACUUUGCGCCCCAGUGCGCCCGUGCUGGUCCCAGCUCAAGGCGUGUGUUUUGAGCAUCCUGAUGGCAAACUCCAGCGCCCGCGCUGGGAAUCAUCCAAUACCACUGUCCUGGCGCUUCAAAGUGAAGGCUGUUUCGUGGCGCAGCAGACGGGUACGGCCGUGGCCGCCGUGGCCGUGGACCAGUUUCUCUUCAACACCAUGGUGACUGUUUCGCCAUUGACGGCGGUCGAGGCGGUAGUGCCGGUCGGCGAGGUGCUCUCGCAGUCACACACAAGUGUCUCCGUGCCCGUUACCCCUUGGACGGCGCAGGGUGCCGCUUCCAACUUUGGAGGCCGCGCGGCAGCUCAAGUGACAUGCCAUGUGGAGGGUGAGGCGCGUGGCUCGGCCGUCACCAAGAUGGUGGUUGAGGAAGAGGGCUUCACAUGCGUGGUGCAGUUGCAUGUGCAGAGCACGCCGCUCUAUCUGCCUUCUGGGGUUGUCAGUGUGGUGGUUCAGGCGCAGCCCUUGGACCAGCGUGAUGCGGGCGUGCGCCACCAAGUUGACGUGCCGUUUGCAGCGCGCCUGAUGCUGGAUGCCCCCAUGCAUCAGAAGCACCGACACCAGGCUACCCGCGUCCUACUGUUCGGCGUCACUGACAUCCGCCUGGUGGACUUGAGUGUGGAUGGAGUGGUGAUUGCUUCAGAGGCUCGCCGAUCCACGCCUGCGCUCCGAAAAUGGAGCCUAGGCGGGGUGCGUGUCAAGGAAUAUGGCCGUGUUCCUGCCACGGGUGCCGUAAGCCUGGACGUGUUGAUGACCGGACCUGAGCACGAGGAAGAUCGCAACCUGACCCUGUGCUUCCAACACCGUCAGACAGAGCAGCGAGUCCAAUCGACCGAUGAUGCCGAACCCGUUGCGAUGGAGCGCGUGGAGGCAUCUUCACCCGCCGCGCCUCCUCCGGCCUACAAUCAAGGUGCCACCCCGGCCCCUAUGGUGACCGUGGUUCUGCCCUCCUACGAUGAGGUCCAGCAGAUGAAGCAACGUGACAGCCCGGUGGAACAACAGGCUGUGCUUGUCAACGCGACCCAGGUGCCCGUCAACGGCAUGCUGCUUGGUGAUGACUUGACCUUUGUCUGCACCUUUAUGGUGGCCUUCUUCCUGAGCUGGCUUGGGUAUCUUUUUACCCUGUGCAUGGGUCAGACCAUUGCCGCCCGCACCGGUGGUCUUGCCGGCUUUGGUCUUCACAUGGUCAAGCUCGCCUUUUUGCUCCAAUACGUGCACCGUCACCACGAGGACCUUGCAGACGACGAUCAAAAUGCUGGCGUAGAAUUGACCGACGAACAGGGUCAUCAACUUCCCCCCUACCACAGCUGGAUCGUCCUGACCCUUGGCAUCCUCGGCUUUUUGCUCUUCGUUCGCGGUGUGACUGCCUACGGCAAGGCCAAGGCUGCCCCCCUGCCGUACCGCCUGGGCAACUUGAUGGAGCCCACUCGAGACUACCGCCAAAGCUCGUGGAGUGCCGUCGCUGCUGUCAACCAAGUGUAA